UUUCUAAACAAGAAAGAAGUACUGAUAUCCGUUUUGUUCCAUCUCCCUUUCAAUUAUCUUUGAAUAUAUUUCGUGAGAAUAUGGCGGACUUACGUGAUGAGCAUGGAAAUCCAAUUCAGCUGACAGACCAAUAUGGACACCCGGUGCAGCUAACCGAUGAGCAUGGUAACCCCAUGCACCUUACUGGGGUUGCCACCACUGCCGGAUCUGGGGUUGCUCCGACUGGGGUUGCCACCACUGACGGCUCUGGGGUUGCACCCACGACUGUUGGUGGAAUACUGCACCAGCAGCCACAGUCGGAGCAACAACAACAGCUUCGAAAAGAACAGCAACUACAACAAGAAGAGAAACAACAACAGGAGGAGCUCCACCGGUCCGGCAGUUCAAGCUCUAGCUCUUCAGAGGAUGACGGACAAGGUGGGAGGAGGCCGAAGAAGAAAGGGCUGAAAGAAAAGAUAAAGGAGAAAUUAACCAUUGGGAAGCACAAGGAGUCAAAGGAGGAAGAACAAUACAAACACAGUGCCGGAACGACAACAACAACCAGUGCCAUGUCUACUAGUACUGCACCAGAGCACCAUGAGCAUGAGAAGAAGAGUAUGAUGGAGAAGAUCAAAGAGAAGUUGCCUGGUCAUCAUAAUCACAAUCACUAGAUAUAAUCCAAUAUAAAAAUAGUUAAUUAGUGGGAUUAUGAAAAUAAGAAUGUUGUAUUUGCGUGGGAAGUACGUACUCUUUAUCUUAUGGUAGUCGGGUUUUAGCUUAUGGGUAAUAUACUGUUGUAGCAAUAUAUAGCAUUUGCUUGCUUGGUUGAUCAUCAUAGAAUAGCUGGUGGUGUAAGUUUAAGAAAAAAGGACUGAAGUAUGUUCUUUUCUAGUUUUUGAAGGGUCUAGUCUUUGUUGCUUUCAAUUCUACAUGAAUGUCUGUCUGUCAAUUUUGUUCUUUCCAGUUUGGUGCUAUUAUAUAAUUGUUAGUGGCUUUCCUUU